UCCAUCACAAACGUUAAGUAUCUGCCUUCCUUCGAAUUGGGCCGCGAUUGAAUCUUUCCGCUUCGCUGCUGAAUCCGUGCCCUAGCUUCUUCUUCCUCUUCCCUGCCAUUGCAGGGCACAGACCUCGGACACCAACCUUCGUCACAGACUCAAUUAUCGAGUGAUCGGAAUCACUAUCAUGGGGAAGAAGAAGAAGAGGGUUUCCUCCAAGGUGUGGUGUUACUACUGCGAUCGCGAAUUCGACGACGAGAAGAUCUUGGUGCAGCAUCAGAAAGCGAAGCACUUCAAGUGUCACGUCUGCCACAAAAAGCUCUCAACCGCCAGCGGCAUGGCCAUCCACGUGCUCCAGGUCCACAAGGAAUCCGUCACCAAGGUGCCCAAUGCGAAACCGGGCAGAGAGAGUACAGAUAUUGAAAUAUAUGGAAUGCAAGGGAUUCCACCAGAUAUCUUGGCAGCACAUUAUGGCGAAGAAGAGGAUGAUGUUCCAUCAAAGGCAGCCAAGGUUGAUAUUCCACCAACUCAGCUUGUAGGUGGAAUGAGGCCACCUCCUCUGGGUACAGGAUAUCCUCCACGAUCUGCCUUGCCUGCAAUUCCACAAGUUUAUAAUCCAGCUGUACCCUUGCCACCAAAUGCUUGGAUGGUUCCACCUCGGCCGCAGCCAUGGUUUUCACAGCCUCCAGCUGUUUCAGUUCCUCCUCCUGCCCCAUACACACAGCAGCCAUUAUUUCCUGUGCAGAAUGUCAGGCCUCCACUGCCAGCAACUGCUCCAGCAGCCCUGCAAACUCAGAUUGCUCCUCCUGGAUUGCUUACAUCUGCACCAGUCCCAGUUUCGCAACCUUUGUUCCCUGUUGUUGGAAACAACCAUACAACGACUCAAAGUUUGACAUAUUCUGCUCCACCUCUGCCCUCAAGUGUUCCAUCAGUUACUCCAGUGAUGUCUACAAAUGUCCCUGUUGAUACACAUUUGAGUACCCACUCUUCAGUAACAAGUAGUUACCAGGCUAUAGGAGUUCCAGGCGCAGCAGCAAGUAAUUCACACUCUUAUGCUUCUGGUCCAAAUACUGGUGGUCCUUCAAUUGGGCCUCCCCCAGUAAUUGCAAACAAAGCUCCUGCUUCUCAACCUGCCACCAACGAAGUCUACCUAGUUUGGGAUGACGAGGCAAUGUCCAUGGAAGAAAGAAGAAUGUCUUUGCCAAAAUAUCAGGUGCAUGAUGAAAGUAGCCAGGUAAGUCAUACUACCUCUGUAAUAGACGGAGUUGCUUUCACAUCUAACCAGAUGAGUAGGCUUUAUGCUUCCUGUUUUCAGAUUCAAUUGUUUAGACAUUGUUUCCUAUUUAAAAAGGUACAUUCUGAGUAAAUUUAUAAUCCUUUUUAAAAGUAAAAUGAAUGGCAAAGUAAAUAGGAUCAUUUUGACAGUCCUUGCUUGUUUCCAAACUGAAUGGGUAGUGCAUGCUAUUUUAUUUUCAAUGGCCUCUAUGGCUGCAAUACAAGCUAUGCUCCAAUUUUUGUGGGCAUCUAAACAUUCAAGUAGGUACUGUAUUAUUUUGUUUUGGUAGUUAGUUAUAAUUACCACCACAUAAUUUGUGAAGCUUGCUGCAAACAAUCAACUUCGUGAUCUUUCAUCCCAGCAUUUGUACACCAUAAAAGAGUAUGUAUAUAUGAUUUUAUUGGGUUUGGUUUUACCAAUGCUAUUCUUUUUCCUCCCUGCUUGAUUCCAAAGUUUGGGGUUUUGGGUGGAAAAUGGUCUUACCCAUCAGAUUUUUGCCCAUUCGUAGCAUCAUUACAAUUUAUUUUAUGGAACAAGUGAAUUCAGACUUGGCACAGGUCAGCUUCUUUCGCAGAGUUUGGAUCUCUUGCAUAAGACCAUGCUGUAGAAUAUUCGGUUUAUUGUUGUAUCUGGGGUCUUUGAUUACAUGCUGAUCAUUAUCAUCAUUUUUUUUUUCAGAUGAGCUCCAUUGACGCAGCCAUAGACAAGAGGAUACUUGAAAGCAGGCUGGCUGGUCGAAUGGCAUUUUAGGUCAAUCCUGAUACAUAAAUUCUUGUCAAAUUUCUUCAGUGAUAUGGGCUCAAAAGGCAUCUUAAUAAGCUCGAAAACGUGUGCUCAAGAUUCCUUUCCUUAAGAUCCAGCAACUAAUACUGUUAUCGGUGCGAUUCUUUUGCCAAAAAGGGGAAUGGGCCCUACUGCGAUAGUGGAAUCAAAGGAAAAAGAUUGAAACUGCUCUGAUUUAUAACUUCUUAGGAAGUUGCAAAACUUUUGUUUGUUUCUUAUUUCACACCUUUUUCUCCCUUUGAUAUUUGUAGUCAACCUUUAGGACGUGAUACUUGAAAGAGUACUACAUAUUUGUGUAAUCUAGAUUAUAUGUGUUGGGUGGAAAAUUGACGGUAAUUAUUGGUUAUUGGUUAUAUGCUUCAGAAUUAGUUUUUCUCUC